UGGUUAACGGAACAACAACCUCCUCCAGCAGGCUAACGAUACAAAGAAACCCUCGCGUUUUGCUUCCUAAACUUUGAAGAGUUCUGUUACGAGAACACCAACGUGCGUGCGUGCUUUUUUAGUGUUGGUGUGAACAUGUGGACACACUGAAUCGGAAAGUCGAGAACUUUUCUGAGAAAACAAAAACUGAAUAUCAAAAUUAAACUGAAACAACAAAUCACAAACUUAUACAAAAUGCAUUCCAUCGAAGAGAUGUUGGUGGAGAAAAACUACAGCAAGUGCCCGCUGAAAAAGCGACCAGUGAACUACCAAUUCGAGGCUCUGCCCAACCACAGUUCCAACACCAACGAACCGCAGGAUCUGUGCGUCAAGAAAAUGGAAAUCAUGGACGAGAGUCCAUCGGAGGAGCUGAUUAAUGUCAGCGACUGUUGCGAGGACGAGGGCGUCGAUGUCGAUCACACGGACGACGAGCACAUGAAGGACGAGGACGACGAGGAUGAAGUAACGGUUGAUGGCGACAUCGAUUCCGAUCCGAAUCAAACACAGGCGGCUGCCCUGGCCGCUGCUGCUGCGGUGGCUGCCGGAGCGGCUGCCGUUGCCGCUGCUGCUGCUUCGGUGGUGGUGCCCACGCCCACCUAUCCCAAGUACCCGUGGAACUUCCACAUGUCGCCGUACACCGCUGAGUUCUACCGGACGAUCAAUCAGCCCGGGGCCACUGGCCACCAGAUCUCGCCACUGCGCGGUGACCUUAUGGCGCCCAGUUCGCCGAGCGACUCCUUGGGCUCCCUGUCGCCGCCACCGCAUCACUAUCUCCACGGCCGGGCCAGCUCCGUGUCGCCGCCCAUGCGAUCGGAGAUAAUCCACCGACCCAUUGGCGUUCGACAGCAGCACCGCUUCCUGCCCUAUCCCGCCAUGCCCAACUACCCGGCUCUGGGCUAUCCCACACAUCACCACCACCACCAUGCUCCGAUUUCGCCGGCUUACUCCGAGAACUCCUACUACUCCAUGCGCUCGAUGACCCCCGAGUCGAGCUGCAGCUCCUCGCUGCCGGAGGAUCUGUCGCUGAAGCACAAGCCCCUAAAGAACAAUCAACUGGAUCUGGUGGCUCCGAAGAUCGAGGCCAGCGGUGAUAUGUCGCCAGCUCCAUCCGGCGCAUCCUCCUCGGGAUCCGCGAAAAAGGACAAAAGCCAGCCGCCUCGCUACCAGUGCCCGGACUGCCAAAAAAGCUACUCCACCUUCUCCGGGCUGACCAAACACCAGCAGUUCCAUUGCCCCGCCGCCGAGGGCAACCAGGUGAAGAAGUCCUUCAGCUGCAAGGACUGCGACAAGACGUACGUGUCGCUGGGCGCCCUCAAGAUGCACAUUCGCACCCACACUCUGCCCUGCAAGUGCAAUCUGUGCGGCAAGGCGUUCUCCCGGCCAUGGCUCCUCCAAGGACACAUCCGCACCCACACCGGCGAGAAGCCCUUCAGCUGCCAGCACUGCCAUCGCGCCUUCGCCGAUCGCUCCAAUCUGCGCGCCCAUCUGCAGACCCACUCGGACAUCAAGAAGUACUCCUGCAGCAGUUGCUCCAAGACCUUCUCCCGGAUGUCGCUCCUCACCAAGCACUCCGAGGGCGGCUGUCCUGGCGGCAGUUCCAGCAGCGGAGGAUCCGCCAGUGAGCUCUCCUACUCCGGUUAUGCUGAGCCUUAAAGAAACGGGAUCUUCGAUCAGAUCCCAGCCAUGUUCCACCAAAAAUUAGUUCCUAGCUCUCUUAGGCAGCUCAAGUUCCCAAAAAAACAAAAAAACGAACAAAAGAAUAAUCCCAGUGCAGACACACAAUUUCAUGAAUUUUAAUUUUUUUAUUUUCUAGUCAGCAUUUUCUCCGAAGAAACGAGAAAAUUAAAAAAUUACCUUAUAAUUUGCAGACCCACAAUUUUGAAAAUCCCUUCCCUUUAUUAAAGAGUGUGUCCCCAAUCCUAAAAACAGAACUUUGUAAAGUAUUCUUUGAAUUAUCCUGUACAUAAUGUAUUAUGUCUAACUGUAGACUUUAAGCUGAGAAUGAGUACGAAACUCCAGACAAUCUUAAGGAAACUGUAUAUUUAGUGAUAAGAAGCCCACAUCUCUAUUUUGUAUACUGUAUACUGUAGUAUUUUUAGCCUAGCUCGUAGAUCGUAAAAUAUUUUUGAUAUGACCGACCACCUACUUUUUGCGCAUACAUUGAAAAUGUUCUACUUUAAAAUAACGCCAGAAUAAGAGCGAACCACACAUAUUUUGAUACGGAAAUGUUUUGUAAUUUUAAGUAAUUUAUUACAUCAAGCGGAGAAUGAAGAAAAUACAUUUAUUUACAAACUACAAA